CUGAUAUAAUAAUUACUUGCUGUUAACAACUGUGGUGGGUAAUCUUUUGUCUUUAUUUUAGAGAUAAAUCUUCUACCACUAUAUGAAUCUGUCUGCCAUUUGAUCUUGUAUUGCACAAGGCUUGCUGAUAGAUAAUCAUGUUGAAAGCUAACUGAGAACCAAGGUUUGGAGUUGAUUGGUUGAUUAUAGAAUAAGGGAAGAUGAAGAGAUCACCUAUCUACCCAAACUGUGAAACAAAUUAUUAUGGAGGCAAUGAGUUUGACCCUCACCUGGAUUUUUCUCUGUUCUUGGAAGAAGCUAGAGAGCACGCGAGAGAAGUAAAUCCUCAGGCUCCACUCUCAAACCCAGAAAAGGCUGGAAAGGGAAGGUUAGGAGAGGAGAAGAAGAACAAGAAAUCAUGGAGUAGUUCUUUAUUCAAAUGGUGGAAAGUUGAGAAGAAAAGCAAGCCUGGCGCGGAACCUUCAAAUGGUUCUCAAGUUCCAAAUGCGCGAAGUGGUAAUGUUUCUGGUCCUAUAAAUGGGAAUGCCAGAGGAUUUAACAGAAGGCACUGCCGUCAAAAUUCUGGACCAGUCAACAGUCUCUUCAAUCCCACAAAGAGAGGGGAGAAUGAGAUACCCUAUAUGUGCCUCCAUCAGCGCAGCAAUUCUCAUGCUUCAGUAGCCUAUGGCCCUGUUUACUUGGUAACCUAGUUCUGUUGAUGAUUGAGAUCAUCAGAUGGGGCUUCUUAAUUUUCAAUGACAAGACUAUGUUGAUUAAGUCAA